CUGCAGGGUGUGGAGCGAGUCUUGAGAGUUCAGAGUUCAUUGUGGGUAAUUAAGAUGAUGGCUUCAGGCUUCUGAAUGUUUAAUUUAAGAAAGUAGUGGGGUUAACAGAGGUGAUGGGGCAACGCAGUGAGUACAAUGCUGUGCAGGGUAUUUUAAGAAUUUAGAUGGUAAAUUAUUUAUGUUGUAACAUUUCUCCUAACGUCCUCAGCAGAUUGCCAUUCUUGUUCAUCGCUGCAAUUCGAAAGUCGUUUCCAAAACGAAAACAUUUCCAAACUUUUGCUAUUGCUGGGUUUCUUCCCCAUCUGUUAAAAAUGCCCAUCGUUCCCUGCAGUCCUCCUCUACCUUCCUCGGUCCACAGUGCUUCAAAGCAACACGUAGCGGAUCCAACCCAGUCAGUGAACAAGAUUCUGCUCCUUCCAAAGGAGGCAUCUUGCACACACUCUGCAAUGCCAUGACCGACAUUCACUUGUAAUUUAUCACAGCCGUGGGGAGGGGGGUGUGGUCAGACACGUCACACUAUAAAGAAUGGAGAUCUGAGUCGGGGCAAGUGACUGCAAUGAACAAUCUGGACUGCGGAGUCUGGGAGUUCGCAGCACAUCUACUUCUAAAAUAAAGCGGCUGUAAUUUCAACAAAUCAUGCGGAGAGAGCACGCGUGCCGGUCAGCAGCCAGUGUGGGCAGACCUGCACCCUGAGUCCUCCCCAGCCCGUGGGCAUCUCACCGGGAAUCGCCUCGCAUAUCGAGAGUUCGAUUGGAUGGCAGAAGGACUUGAGUUGAGAACGUUGAGAAGAACUUUGGGGUUGACUGUCUGAAGCAGAGGGGAGGAGAAAAAAAACCCAAUAAGCAAGCAGCAGAUGUUGUAAACUUUAACAGUAGUACACAACUUGGGCCUGAACAGAUUGAACCGAAUGGAGAUUACAGCAAGUGGAAGAGCUGGUGUUCUAGCCUGUUGGGGAAACUAACCAGUCUGGAGGCUGACCUUGAGUUCUCUGGAGCCCACAAGCUUCAAAUCAAUGUCCCACGGCCCUUUUUAAAGUAGGAUCAAAUUCCUGGAACAGGAGAGCCAUGUGUACAGAGGGUUUCCAGUAUAGAGCUCUGUUUGAGUACAAGAAGGAGAGAGAAGAAGAUAUCAAUUUAUUGCCAGGGGACAUUCUCACUGUGAGCAAGUCAGUGCUGUUGACGGCCAGUUAUCAAGAGGGGGACGAGAAGAACCCCAAAGGAUGGCUAAAUGGUGUUAACGAAAGAAACAAAGACAAGGGAGACUUCCCUGGAACCUAUGUUGAGUUUGUGGGGCCGGUUUGUAUUGUGCCUCCAACUCCUAAAGCAAGACCAAGACCUGUCCCUCCCACACCUGGAGGAGCAGCAGCAGCCAGCCCAGCUCCUGUUCCCUCGGGGCAGGAGCUAACUGAACUGUUAACUUUGCCGGAUCAAGCACCACAGAUUGUGAUGAAGCUGAUUGAAGCAUUGGAGAAGAAAGGUGCAGAAAGUGAUACUCUCUACAGACCUCCUCCUGGCUCACCAAGUGGGUUGGAACUCAAGGAAGCUCUUGAAACUGAUAUAGCAGCUGCUGAUAUCGAACAAUAUGACAUCCACAUCAUUGCAGAUGCACUGAAGCAUUACUUAAGAGGCUUGCCUUCACCUGUGAUUCCACCAGCUAUUUACAGUGAGCUCGUCUACACUGCCCAAGAAAUCCAGAACCUUGAUGAAUGUGUCCAACAAAUCAGAAGAAUUGUGGAAUCUCCCAGCCUGCCCCAGCAACACUGCCUUAUUCUGAGAUAUCUGGUGAAGCACUUCUGUAGAGUGUGCCAGAAUGAAGCUGUGAACAAUCUCACACCAAGGCUUCUUGGUGAAAUCUUCAGUGAUGUCUUGUUCAGGCAUUCGCUAUCAAGUGCUGAUGUGAAUCCAGAACACCACAUUAAAAUCAUUGAAGCACUUAUUAUGACUGGAAGCCUGGCUGAAAUGCAAGCUGCACCAGUUGGCUGGCCAAACACAGAAUGGGGUAUGUUGAAUGCAAAGCAGGUGGUAAUACUUCUAGCAAAGGAAUGGAAGAAAGGGUGAAGGGAGUAAAUGUAA